CGGGGCCUUCUGCACUUCACAGAGGGAGACGGAGCAGCAGUCUUGAGCCCUUGACUGUUGGGGGGUGGGCGGACUGAUACACUGGGCUCCUCCCUGGUGCCCAUGGGGCAGUCCCCCCGCCCACGGACGCUGCCACCCGGCCAGGCCCCAGAGUGUGGGGGGCCAGAAGGCUACAGCCCCGCGCCACCUGGCCCAAGCGGACUGAGGAUGCGCUCGCGGUGCAGGGACUUUCCGGCCCCCCGGCCGGGAGGCGAUGUCUAGGCGGCGACCCCGGAGAGCAAGCUCGCUCCCCUGCCGCCUGCUGGGGCCGCUCUGGCCGAGGGCCCACUGGACGCCCCUGCAGGCGGCGCCCCUCCCCGGGCCGUGGCGCGUCCCCCGAGUCUCGCAGUAUUUCCUUCCUGCACCUUUAAGAAGACCGCUGCUCCGUGGUGGGAUGGUGUGUUAAGGCCACACAGAGGAAGUUACGCAGCCCGGAUCAGACCGAGAGAUAAAAGCCCCGAUGGUGAUCGUGAGUGAUGGCAAGAGGAUUUCGCCUCGGCAUUAACUUGGAGAGGAGUGCAGGGGGGCCGUGAAGCGCCCCGCCAUCUGGCCCGCGUCGCCCCCGGGGGGAUGCCCCGGCGCCCCGACGCGCCUUGGCCGAGCCCACCCGGGCCAGGGGCCGCCCGGAGCCCGCGCGCGGGGCCUCGCCGUGCAGCCCAGGGGCCCCCAAAAGUUUGCACUUGUUAGCGGCGACCUCGGCGGGGGCUUGGCGGGCGAUGCGGGCGGCGCGGGCGGCCCCCUCCCCUGGCCCGCGUCUCCGGGACGUCUGCGGGCGGCCCCCCCGGCGGCCGGAGGGCUCCCCAGCCCGGGUCUGACGGCGGCGGCGGCGGCGGCGGCGGGAGCGGGAGCAACGGCGGGCAGCCCGAAGCCCCUCGGCCCCAGCCCACGGCGGGGCUCGGCCUCCCUCCCGGGGCUGAGCGCCGGGAAGCUGCUCCGAGCGGGGUGUUGUUGCUAAUGAGCUCGCCCUCCUCUUUCUGACAAUGAAAGACAAGCCAGACUCUGGAUACCUGGAUGGACUGAAAGCAGAAGUCUAGAAACUUCAUAAUAAGUUGCAGAUGGCUACCAGCCAAGGACUGAAGGUUGUUUUGCAGUUGUGUUGAGCACAUCACACAUUAAGGGCCCUUUAAUGACCAGGAUUGAUUGGAAGGACAAAAAAUUAAAAGCAAUCUGAUCCGGCUUCCUGCAAGUCCAGAUCCCUGCGGAUUUUCUCCCGAUCCCAUUUCCAUCCACUGUCACAAUUUGAGAGUCUGCCUGAUUUGAUCAGAUUCGCUCCUGGGAGAGGUGCAAUGCCAAGGUUAGAAGGACGUGAAGUUAUGGGCAACUUCUGGAUCUGCCCAUCAGCAGCCUGAGUGACACUGGCUCUGAGGUUUACAUAUUGGCCUUUUGGAAAAAAACAAGUUCUUCGCUGGGGUGGGGGGCUGACCCAGUGGAACUUGAGUCCCUGGGACACCUGGCCACCACUGCCUGGUAGAUGAGGCAUUUCCAUGCUGAGGUUGAGAGUCCCACCUGACCCAGUCGCUGCCUCUCCAGGGCCUCUCUGGGCUGAGUCCCUAUGGACAGCACAGCCAUGCUGCACCUGCUGGCACUGCUCCUGUACUGCCUCCCUCUGGCCUCUGGGGACUACGACAUCUGCAAAUCCUGGGUGACCUCAGAUGAGGGCCCCACCUGGGAAUUCUAUGCCUGCCAGCCCAAGGUGAUGCGCCUGAAGGACUAUGUCAAGGUGAAGGUGGAGCCUUCAGGCAUCACAUGCGGCGACCCCCCAGAGAGGUUCUGCUCCCAUGAGAACCCCUACCUGUGCAGCAACGAGUGUGACGCCUCCAACCCGGACCUGGCGCACCCGCCGCGGCUCAUGUUCGACCGGGAGGAGGAGGGCCUGGCCACCUACUGGCAGAGCGUCACGUGGAGCCGCUACCCCAGCCCGCUGGAGGCCAACAUCACCCUGUCGUGGAACAAGAGCGUGGAGCUGACAGACGACGUGGUGGUGACCUUCGAGUACGGCCGGCCCACCGUCAUGGUCCUGGAGAAGUCGCUGGACAACGGGCGCACGUGGCAGCCCUACCAGUUCUACGCCGAGGACUGCAUGGAGGCCUUCGGCAUGCCGGCCCGCCGCGCCCGGGACCUGUCGGCGUCGGGGGCGCACCGCGUGCUCUGCACCGAGGAGUACUCGCGCUGGGCCGGCUCCAAGAAGGAGAAGCACCUGCGCUUCGAGGUGCGCGAGCGCUUCGCCAUCUUCGCCGGCCCGGACCUGCACAACAUGGACAAUCUGUACACGCGGCUGGAGAGCGCCAAGGGCCUCAAGGAGUUCUUCACCCUGACCGACCUGCGCAUGCGGCUGCUGCGCCCCGCGCUCGGCGGCACCUACGUGCAGCGGGAGAACCUCUACAAGUACUUCUAUGCCAUCUCCAACAUCGAGGUCGUCGGCAGGUGUAAGUGCAACCUGCACGCCAACCUGUGCUCCCUGCGGGAGGGCAGCCUGCAGUGUGAGUGUGAGCACAACACCACGGGUCCCGACUGCGGCAAGUGCAAGAAGAACUUCCGCACCCGCUCCUGGAGGGCUGGUUCCUACCUGCCGCUGCCCCAUGGCUCUCCCAACUCCUGUGCAGCUGCAGGUUCUGUUGGUAGCAUCAGCAGGUCUCCGAAAGACCCUGUCCCAGUGGUUCCUGUGGCCUCUGUGGCCACAAGGGGGGACCCCACCACACCUGUCCCCUUCACACCCAUCAUAUGGGGCCCCGUGGCCCCCAGAACCCUACAGCCCACAGACUCCAGUUGCUUCCUGCCCAACCAGCCCCCCACACCUGCCACGGCCUCAGGGGGCCGUACUGUGCUGCCGUCUUGGAGACAUGGCUUGCACAGCUCCCCAGUUCUACAGGAACAGACGGGGCCUCCAUCUGGUCUUGGCACAGGACACGGGCCGCCUCGAGAACAUUCUUCCUGCACACCUGAGUGUAUCCCUGGAGAGCCUACUGCGGGCAGUGUCACCACAGCCCCUGCCAGGGCCUCCAAACCUUUCCUGUUCAAGCCCAAAUCUCCUGAAGUGAUACCUAUUGAAGAAUUUGAAGACUGUGAGUGCUAUGGGCACUCCAACCGCUGCAGCUACAUUGACUUCCUGAACGUGGUGACCUGUGUCAGCUGCAAGCACAACACGCGGGGCCAGCACUGCCAGCACUGCCGUCUGGGCUACUACCGCAAUGGCUCUGCUGAGCUGGACGACGAGAACGUGUGCAUUGAGUGCAACUGCAACCAGAUCGGCUCCGUGCACGAUCGGUGCAACGAGACGGGCUUCUGCGAGUGCCGCGAGGGAGCGGCGGGGCCCAAGUGCGACGACUGUCUCCCCACGCACUACUGGCGCCAGGGCUGUUACCCCAACGUGUGCGACGACGACCUGCUGCUCUGCCUGAACGGCGGCACCUGCCUGCAGAACCAGCGCUGCGCCUGCCCCCGCGGCUACACCGGCGCCCGCUGCGAACAGCCGCGCUGCGACCCCGCCGACGACGACGGCGGCCUGGACUGCGACCGCGCGCCCGGGGCCGCCCCGCGCCCCGACACGCUGCUCUGCUGCCUGUUGCUGCUCGGCCUGGCCGCGCGCCUGGCCUGCUGAGCCCCGCUCGCCCCGCCCCGCCCCGCCCCGAGGGCCCCUGUGCGCCGGCCGCGCCCGCCGCGCCCGCCGAGGAGUGGAGACCCCAGGGCCGGAAGGGUGCGGCCCGAGCUGCUCCCAGGUGCUACUCAGCAGAGUCGCCCCGCCCCUCCCGCCUGCUCCCGGGCACCUGCCUCCACCCCGGCACUGCCCUUCCUCGGCCGCAAGGGGGAGCUGUGGGCCCUGGGUCCAGCGGUCUGCGAUUUGGGUCUUAGUUUUUCUAUUAACCGCCGACCCGUUUCUUUCUUUCUUUCUUUUUUUUAACCCCCACCUUUUCCUUCUGCUGGCAGUGAGAUGGGGUCUGGGGAGAAGCUCUACGCACCCCCGCACCCCCAGGUCCUGCCACGCGUACACACACACACACACACACACACACACAGACUGUUGCAGACACGCCCCCUGCACCUGUCCCUGGCUCACCACCAGCCGGUUGACCCAGAACUCCAGAUGCCUACAAUUCUAGUCGCUGACUUGAUUCUCUUUUCUAUUCUUUCUCAGUUUUUCUUUGUGACCCACCAGUUCCCCGGGCCCCUCAUGAGGCCUGGUGACCCGAGGAACUCGCCCUGGGGGAGGGGAGUCAGGAAGGAGGGUUGGCAACUUUGUUUUGUAGAGAACUAUUUUUGUUUGUAUUAAUCGUCCCCUGCAAGGAGGGGAGUGAGCGGAAUGAUGGUCACCACGGAGUGGCUGAGGGUGUAUAAUCCGAACAAGUAAAGAAUCUGCUCACAGCUGCC